UAACCAUUAUUGAUCGGACCAGUUCUGGUAGGGAUCAAAAAACAUGUAUCAGCAUUUGCGCAAUUAAAACAUCUUGCAGCAUAGUAACAACUUCGUGAUUAUUCCAAGUCAAGUAACUCACCCAACUAGGCCAGAAGCCCAGAACAACGAUUAGGCCACUUUUGUUGACCAAUAGCAGCAAUUGCCCUAAUUAAUUUGUCUAGUUGCUAACAAUUUAAUUUCACUGCACCCAGCAGCCCCCUGCCAUUAUUACUACUACUCACUUAUUAUUAUUAUUAUUAUUAUUAUUAUUACGCGUAUCCAACCUGCUCCGAUAGCCAUGGACUCGCAUCAAAUCCAGCCGUUGAUCGCGUUCCUAAUCUCCUCCUUCGUUGCCGCCCGAGCCUACCGCCGUAAAUCACUCGACUUCUCCGGCGCAAUCGCCGGCCUCGCCGUCAUGACUCUCCACAUUGCAGUCGGAUACAGAUACGGAGCUGUGUUGCUGGUCUUCUUCUUCUCAUCGUCCAAGCUUACGAAGGUUGGUGAGGAGAAGAAGCGCAGGGUUGACCCGGAGUUCAAAGAAGGCGGUCAACGCAAUUGGAUACAGGUGUUAUCAAAUGCGGGGAUUUCAUCGGUGGUGGUUGUGGUGCUGUGGUGGGUGACGGGGUUGGAAGAAAGAUGCUUGGAUUCCAAGGAGUCGAGUUUGAUUACUGCACUGAUGGGAGGGGUUAUAGGACACUACUCCUGCUGCAAUGGGGACACUUGGUCUUCUGAGCUUGGGAUUCUUAGUGAUGAUCAGCCGAGGCUGAUCACUACAUUCAAGCCUGUGCGUAAAGGUACCAAUGGAGGAGUUACUAAAGCAGGAUUACUGGCAGCUGCUGCAGCAGGGUCUGUUAUCGGGCUGACAUUUGUGCUCGUUGGCUUUCUGACUACAAAAUGUACACUAAAGCAGCUAUAUGUGAUACCUCUAUCUAGUCUUGCUGGACUUUGUGGGAGUGUCAUUGAUUCUCUUUUGGGAGCUACACUGCAAUUCAGUGGAUUCUGUACUGUUCGUAACAAGGUUGUUGGGAAACCGGGACCUACUGUCAAGAAGAUAUCAGGUCUCAACUUUCUUGACAACAAUGCUGUGAAUGUUGUCUCAAUCCUGAUUACAACAAUCCUCACUUCCAUCGCCUGCAUUUAUGUCUUUUGAGACUGCUGGUUCAAUCUACUGUUGGGAAUUGUUCAGACAGUGCUAUACAGUGCACACCUGAUCCAUGUACUAGCACCACAGUGUUUACUCUUGCCGGUCUGAAAGAGUUUCUCAAUGCUAGCCCUAAACCCUAACUAACUCUUGUGCAAGCUAACAUUCUGAUAAUCAUGAAUUGGCAUAAUUUGCUUGGAGAAUCUUUGCUAAGCAUAAGCUAUCAUUAUGAUGGUUACCUGCCUCAAUCAAAUAUUUAGUAUACAGAUACUGUGCAUUUACCAUAUUUGCUUCCACUUCCCAUCAUACAUUAUCUUGUUAUUGAAAGUGGGAUGUAUUGCUCGACUGGAAGACUAGUUCAUGACACUGCCAAAAACUUAAUAAGGUGUUGAAAAUUGUACACAAGUCAUCAGAAGUUAAAGUUUUUGAGACCUUGGAAUCAGUGUUUGAAGGCAUAGCUCUCUACUUAGUACGUGCCUGAUCUUUCGAUCCUUUAAUGUUUUGGACAGGUUGCUCUCAUACAGUCAUACUUGGUCUUUGCUUGAGAUUGCCAAUUUUGCUAUUUGCUUGACCCUGCCAUCCAUCGGCUUGGACCUGAUAUCUAUGCAAGACAUGUUAACGAUGCCCAUAUCUGGUUUGAAGAUAAGUUUAUCCCAUUUCUGAAUUCUGACCAAUACAAUGUAUAGUGAAG